AUGUCAGAAUCCUUGUUACAAUAUGGUAAUCGUAUUAAUAUUUAUACAAAUGUAUGUAAAGUAUUAAUAAAUCAAUUAAAUAGAACAUUUUAUCAAUUAUGUCAAUCUCAUUAUUAUCAUUAUCAUAAUCAUCAUAAUUAUAAACAAUAUGAAAUAAUUAAUAAUAAUAUUCUUAUUCAUAUGAAUACUUCCAAUAUUAUAAAUGAAACAAAUCAUAUACAAAUACAAAAUAAAAUGAAUUAUUUAAAAAAUAUUCAAUCUGAUUUAUAUUCUAUACAAAUUAAUAUACAAAAACUUUCUGGAUGGUAUUUAUUAUUAUAUCGUCUUUUAACAAAUAUACCAGCUAUGUUAAUAUGUUUAAUUUAUGGUAUAUUAAUCAAUAAAAUAAGUCAAAAUUAUAUUAUGAUUAUACCAUGUUUAGGAUGUAUUAUAUCAUGUAUAUUAUAUUUAAUUAAUUUAUUAACAAAAUUAAAAUUAAUUAAAAAUUCAAUUAUAUUUAUUUUAAUUGGUAGUACAAUAUAUGGAUUAUGUGGAAAAAGUAAUGCAAUUAAUUUAUGUGUUAAUAGUUAUAUAACACAAAAUAGUAAUAAAGAAAAACGUACAUGUAUGAUUGGACGUUUAUUAGGUGUAAAUUUUUUUGGUUUAGCACUUGGUGCAUUAUUACUUGGUGUGUUUUAUCGAUUUUUAAGUUAUUUUGAAAUGAUUAUAUUUGUAAUGAUUGGUAAUUUAUUAAUAAUAAUCAUUUUAUUAUUUAUGGUUAAAAAUUCUAAAAAAUGUUUGUUCAAUUCAUCAUCAUCACCACCACCAAUAACACGUUCAGUGGAAGUAGUGAUUAGUCAAUCUGAUGAAUCACAUGUCGAACAGAGGGAUUUUAACGAUAACCUUACUACUACUACUAAUAAUAAUAAUACCAGCUAUACGGACUCAUAUACAUACAAAGAACAUAAAACAUAUUGUCAAGAUAUAAUUUCUUAUUUAUUAAAACCUUUAUUUAUACUAAAAUCUUCUUAUGAAUUUCUAUUUCCCAAACGUACCACUACUACUACUACUAAUAAUAAUAAUAAACAUAUUUAUUUAUUAACCUUAUUAAGUACAAUAUUAUUAAAACAAAUCACUAAAUCUGGUGAACAAGAUGUAACAUUAUUAUAUUUAAUUAAUCAAUCUAAAUUAUUAUGGAAUACAGAAUUAUAUGCUUAUUACAUAACAUGUUAUUAUAGUUUAAUGUUUAUACAAUUAAUUAUAUUAUUACCAUUAAUAGAGAAUAAAUUUUUAAUACGUGAUACAACAUUAAUUAUCAUUGGUUUAUUUACUGAAAUUAUACGUUUAUUAAUGAUAAGUUUAUUACAUAAUAAAAUAUUUAUAUUUUUAAGCGCUAUUAUUGGUUCACCAGCAUGUUAUAUAACAACAUGUACAAAAUCAUUAAUAAGUAAAUUAGUAAUAUAUAAUAAUGAAUUAAAUAUAAGUUUUACUAUUAUAUCAAUAUUAGAAAUUAUAGCGAAUUUUAUUGGUGGAUUAUUAUUUAUAUUUAUAUAUAAUAAAACUUUAUUAUAUUAUUCAUCAUUUAUAUUUAUAUUUGAUGUUAUAUUAAAUAUACCAGUAAUUAUUAUAUUUAUAUGGUUAAGAUAUAAAUUAAUAGAAUAUGAAUUAAAUACAAAUUAAAUUAUAUAAUUGUUUUUUAUUAUAUUAUCAUUAUAACAAAAAGGAAAUAAUAGAUACUGAAUGAAUAGUUAGUCACAUUUAUUACAUCCUCAUCCUCAUCUUCAUCCUUCUCCUCCUCCUCCUCCUCCUCCUCAUCGUCAUCAUCAUUGUCAAUGAUACUUGUAACUAAUAGAAUUGAAAUAUUACUUAGUAACUGUACAAAUACUUAUCAUAUUUAUAAUGAUUAACAAAAUUCUUAAUUAUACUUAAACAUAAUAUGAUUAAAUAUUAUAUUUUACACUUUUCUAUUUCUUUUUUUUUUGUUUUUCUUUAUGUUCCACUUUUUCUUUUCUUUUUUGAAUUAUACACUACUUAAUAUAAUAUUAAUUUACUAUUAGUACAAGUGCAUACUUCUUAAAAAGUGGUAUUGUUUUAAUGAACCUCAUUUAAUUUCAUAUACAAUACAAUAGAUUUCAUACACAUAGUUCCCAUUUAUUAUCUUAAAGAGAGUAAGAACUGCACUAAUAUUCGUUCUUACUCUCUGAUUAAGAUACAAUAGAUUACUUUUUUUAUUUUCAUUUUAUAUAAAACUUAUAUUUAAAUCUUAUCAAUUAUAAAUAUCUUUUUUUAUUUUUUAUUUUUGGAAUCAACAUUAUUAAGAUAUUUUUUGGUAUGAUUUAAUUUUCUUAAUUAAUUUAAACAAAAUUCACGAAUUAUAAUUGCAUUCAUAUAGUAUAAUCUGUAAUAAUGGUAUAUUUGAAUGAUUUAAUACAUUAAAAUAAAUUAUAUUGAUCAAAGUUUGAUGUUUUAAAUGGGUUUAGAUCUCGCGAGGCGAGAUUGUGAAUGUGCACUGCUGAAGAGGACGAAACGGCCGUCCAGUCCUUCCAGGUUUUCCAUCGUGAU